AGACCCACAGGGAAGAGAACUCACUGCUGCUCUGACUGUGGGAAGAGUUUCACCUCCUCAGCAGGCAUUAAAAUUCAUCAGAGAAUCCACACAGGAGAGAAAUAUUUUACCUGUAUUCAAUGUGGGAAGAGUUUUACUACAGCUGGCUCUCUGACAUUGCACCAGAGAAUACACACUGGAGAGAAACCUUAUAGCUUUGGUCAAUGUGGAAAGAGUUUUACUAGAUCUGGCCAUCUGACAUUGCACCAGAGAAUACACACAGGAGAGAGACCUUAUAGCUGUGUUCAAUGUGGGAGAAGUUUUACUAAAUCUAGCAAUCUUACAGUACACCAGAGAGAACACACAGGAGAGAAACCUUAUAGCUGUGGUCAAUGUGGGAAGAGAUUUACUAGAUCUGGCCAUCUGACAUUGCACCAGAGAAUACACACAGGAGAGAAACCUUAUAGCUGUGGUCAAUGUGGGAAGAGUUUCACUACAUCUGGCUAUCUGACAUUGCACCAGAGAAUACACACUGGAGAGAAACCUUAUAGCUGUGGUCAAUGUGGGAAGAGUUUUACUACAUCUGGCAAUUUGACUCAACACCAGAGAAUACACACAGGAGAGAAAUCUUAUAGCUGUGGUCAAUGUGGGAAGAGUUUUACUACAUCUGGCCAUCUGACAUUGCACCAGAGAAUACACACAGGAGAGAAACCUUAUAGCUGUGGUCAAUGUGGGAAGAGUUUUACUACAUCUGGCCAUCUGACAUUGCACCAGAGAAUACACACAGGAGAGAAACCUUAUAGCUGUGAUCAAUGUGGGAAGAGUUUUGGUAGAUCUGACAAGCUGACAUCACACCAGAGAACACACACAGGAGAGAAAUAUUAUAGCUGUGUUCAGUGUGACAAGAGGUACUCUGAUAAAAGAUCUCUGAUCAAACAUCAGAAAAUACAUACAUGAAGGAGUUAUUUUUGAGCUGUUAGUUUUAACAGGACGUGCAACCUCAUCUCCCUCCUGUCGGCACAAUUGAUUUCAACAUGAUAUUGAUGAGUGAUGACAAAUAAGUGUUGUGUUCCUUUGUUUAGCGCCCCCUACAUUUAAAUGCAUCACUCCAACAUGUAGCUGACUGUCUUCUGCAGGUUGUCCUCUAACCAGUGAGGUGAAAUAUAUCUCACAUUUCCAUGUUUUUAGUUGUGUUAGUUUCAACAGCACAUACAACCUGAUUUCCUCCCUAAUUGAUAUCCGUGAUUUUUCUUCUACUUGUCAAAACAACAGUGUUUCUGGUGCUUGUGCAGUUUACAAGGAGCUUGUUUAAAAAAUACAAGUAAUAUGAUUAUUGUGGCAGAUGUUUGUGUAAAUAGCACAUGUUAUGUUUAGGUUUUCAAUUUAUCCCCAAACUGUUCCUGCAUAUUGGUUAUUGAUUUGGAGACAUUAAAACUGUGUUUUGACAUUGGGGCUAUCACACAUAGCAAAAUGUAAUUGAAAAGCCAUUGAAAAUAAGACUAUGCAACUAAAUAUUUCAUAUUUACAUUUCAUGUAACAUUUAGUAGUGAUAUUUAUUAAUGCAACCAACUGACAAUUUUUGGUACAAUUAUAUUGACAUUAUUGCCCUACUUUUAGAAUAUCAGGGUUAAUUCUCAGAUGUGCUAGAGCAUGACAUUGGGGACUGGGCCCCGAUCCAACAACAUGCCUAUCUAGUGAACCCUGAAAAGAGAGAGAAGCUCCGCGGUGAGGUGGAAAGUUACUACGGAUAUUGCAGGAGUUUCCUCUUGAAAUCAGACAUGUCUGUGGUAAGGACAACUUGGAUGCUGAUUGUCUCAAAGGUGGGCGGUCAAAAAGAUUUGUGUUUUGCGUUUAGCCAGUGCGUUGCCAUGGAUCACAAUUUAUUUUGACUGCACGGUUCUUUGUAUUGGGGAUGAGUUUUGUUUGGGCUCGUUCCAAAGGGAUGAGAGUUCUAGAAGCUAGUGAGUUUCAGGAAGACGAGAGUUCUAGAAGCUAGUGAGUUUCAGGAAGACGAGAGUUCUAGAAGCUAGUGAGUUUCAGGAAGACGAGAGUUCUAGAAUCUAGUGAGUUUCAGGAAGACGAGAGUUCUAGAAUCUAGUGAGUUUCAGGAAGACGAGAGUUCUAGAAGCUAGUGGGAAAACAAGGUGUUUUUCCUAUAUUUAAUUGUUGACAGCCAGUAGACACCAUGUUUAUAUUGGUGAAGGUGAAGCAUUGUGGUUGAUUAUAUUGUGAAAGGGAAAUUGUUUUAUGUUGGUGGUGAGCAAACUUAUCCAACUAAAAUAUAGGAUAUAUUUGUUGUCUUAAGGGGGAAGGUGUUCCAGGCUUUUGUUUUUCCAUUUAUGUUUUGAGGUUGGACUUUUGCCCGUGUAGAUUGUUAGCAUAUAGGGAGAACCAAUCAGAGCCCCUCCUAAAACAUGUUUAGUUGUGGUUGUUGUUAGUUCCCUCUUCUGUUUGAGGGACAUUUUUGGUUUUCUUGCUGGAGAACGUAACAUCAAACAAUGGAGAAAGACAGGAUAUUUUGGGUUGCAUAUUGCAGUGAAUUGUUAAUAUUUUAAUCGAUGACAUUUCCUUAGAAUGCUCAUUAGUUUUCAGUUAUUCUGUUUUUUUAUCCUCUUAUGUUUGUGUUUUAAAUAUUUGUUUAUUUUCAUUGUUUUUUUCCUGUGAACCCGUUGGUUUGUAUCCGUGUCUGAAAUGUGCUGUAUAAAUAAAGCUUGAUUUGAUUUGAACAUAUUGCAAAACAAAUUAACCCAAUGACUGGCAAUCAACAGACUAGCAAAACCAAUGAACAAAUAUGUGAAAAAGCAAGAUCCAUCUUAGUGUAAAUUCAGUAAAUCUUCCACUAUGGUAUGUGUGUUUAGUAUCACUUUUCAACCAAUCCCAGGCCAUUUGUUGAAGAUGAAAAAUUUUGAAAUCAAUCUUAUGUGAA